AAGGGUUGAAAGUGUGCAACUGAUAUUUCAGGAAAAGGAGGGUACGUUGGAUAGUUGCUCGAAAGCUCUUACAGUGGAAGGACCAGGUGCAGAGCAACCACCUGCAUCCCCACCAAGAAGAGCAGUCGGAGAAGGCAAGAACAGGGACGAAGCAGAGAAGCCUCUGCUUUCAGAAGCUACAGGCAUUGCACAAUUUGAUCCAGGUGCCCCUUUCAACACAUCAUCUGAGACCACAUCUCCUGUUACCAAUGAGAGUUAUUCUGCUUUAACCGAAGAAAGAAAUUCAGAAAGGGAAGAACAAACAUCUCAAAACUUAGUAUCAGAGAACAUGGCACAUGAGACAGGAAGCAUGAUUGAGGAUAAUGAAACUCCUGGGAGGACUAGGGCUAACCUUGAUGAAACUGACCAGUCUGAGAAGUUAUGUCUAGAUCAGGAACAUUUUCCUGGGAAAGCAGUUCAACAGGAUUACCGCAUGCCUGAUGUCAUAACUGUCAGAGUACAAGCAGAUUCUGAUUCAUUCCAAGAUGUAAUUGUAAAAAUUGAAAGACCUACCUAUCAAAAACCAUUUCUGGGUGGAUUUAAGAACAGGAUAACAGGAGUGGAAUUUCAUAAUGCAGGAUCACAAACGAUUCCCAAAAAAACACCUGAUAAAGGAAUUCUUGUAUUCCGUAGGGAAACACAGACAGUUUUUGAAAAAAAUAAGCGACAACAAACAACAAAUACAACAUCAACACAAAUGACUAAAACUGGCCUGUAUGUGUCAAACAAGACUGACAAACUAAUAAGUCCUGGGAAGUAUUUUACAGCGGAAGAGUACCAUAAGCGUAGAUUCGAAGCGGUAAUAGUAUUACAGAGAUAUUUCCGUCGUUGGCAUGCUACAAAUAUAGUACAAAAACUGAGGGAAGAGAAGAGGUUAAGGCUGGAGUGGGAGGCACAAGAAGAAUUAUGGAGAAAAAAAGAAAAAGAAGAAAAAUUGAGAAGGGAGCACGAGCGAAGACUGAACCCCAAAACAAAAGGAGACUUCGAGCUACUGUACCAUGCUUUAGAAUUAUGGAGGCAGGAGGAGACUGAACAGAUUAACAGAACUCUUACUGGAGCUGAAAGAAAGGCAGCACUUUGUGGACUUCUGGAACAAGAGGCACAGCUGAUUGCUUCCAUUGGGAGACACAAACUAAAUGCAGAUGAGGAAAAUCGACAAAAGGUGAUACUGCACUUUCUGAAUAAGUGUGCGCAACCUAAGAGAUGGAAAGCGUAUGAUGGAAAAAUCACUGAAAUGGAUACACAGUACACACUCCGUGCCAGAGAACUAUUGGAAACCUACUGCAGCAUUAGCAUGAGUGACAUCCCACAAGACGAGAGAAUAGAUGUGCUGCUAACAGUCAAACGUACAGUGAAGGAACACAAAUGUAAAUUAACACAGGAGAUCAUUGAAUUAAUUGACAGGGAAAUUGAUCUUAUGUCAAGAGAUGUGAAAGAAUGCAACUUGGAAGGACUAAGGAAAAGAAUUUGUACAUUAUUUCUUCGGUUUAUUAAAAUGCCAAAGUUUAACCCUGAAGUUGCUAGGAUACUUAAGGUUCCACCAGAUCCCUUAAUGCUUUAUAAAAAUGUGAACUGCUGUCAGAGUUGCAAAAAUUACUUAUCGUCUACUGCGUUUCCUAUUCCUGCUAAUUCCCGCACCACUGGCAGAUGUCACUUGUGUUGCAAGCUUGAUAAUGAGGCUCGGCACCGAGAAACAUUUUUGAAGUGUAAACUUAUACUAGAAAACCUCAGGAAGUCUGAAGCUGAUUAUCAGGAUGAUGCUAAAAUUGUUUUCUUACUUCAG